CUUUAGUUAUUAUAUGCCUGAUCUAUCUUCUUAAGGGAAUAUGUAUUAACAUUGCAUUAGGGCUAUGUUUUCGUACAAAAAAAAUGAAGUAAAAGUUGGCUAGUUGUUUAAAAAUAUAAGCAAACUCAAAUUAUUUGAAGAGUUGGAUAAAAUUUGUUAAUAAAAGUAGAUUGCGUUUCGAUUUAACAUUGAUCGACUUCGAGAUAAACAAUGGAUGGUAAAUGUAUUAUUUAUUCUUAAUGAUUAAAAUGAUGUAUUUAAGUUAUAUUUAGAUUCAGAAAAAGUGAUUGGAAUCGCAAGAGAUGAUCUUAAGUAAAUUUAUAGUGAUAUUCAUUAUAUUAGCAUUCUUAAAACACUUGAUACUUUUUUCGGUAGAAAAGGCCAUUAAAAUUUUUUAAGAGAAAUCCUAAAUAGCUAAAUGAAAGGAAAAUAUAUUUAACUAAAUAAAAAGUAACUCGUGUGAAUAGUAGACUAAAUAGAAAAAACUAGAAUCUGAAAAAAUUG